AUGUCUCUUUCUCACCAAUGCUAUCUUCAAACACUCCCGCCAAUAUCUCACACCGCAUCCUUCAACUGCCACAACAAACUGCCGCAAAAACCUUAUGGCGCCCGACGGAGUCCAAAACUAUACAUAGCUUGUGCCCGUGGAAACAACCGAGCUUCGACGCCAAACAAAGACAAUUACCAUGCUACUCUCAAAGCUCUUAACUCCAAAGGCAGAUCCCCUAGAAAAUCUCUCGGCCAGAAUUAUAUGCUGAACUCUGACAUAAAUGAGCAACUUGUUGGUGUGGCUGGUGUUGAGGAAGAUGAUGUGGUGCUGGAAAUUGGACCGGGAACCGGUUCCUUGACCAAUACUCUUAUAAACUCGGGUGCAUUUGUUCUUGCGGUUGAGAAGGAUAAACAUAUGGCUGCCCUCGUAAGUGAAAGAUUUUCAAGUACAGGGAAGUUGAAGGUUUUGAACGAGGAUAUCGUCAAAUGUCAUGUGCGCUCGCAUAUAUCAUCACUGUAUGAAAACACAAAGGAAAUAGAUCCAGAUAGUAGAAAAGCAAAGGUAGUUGCCAACAUUCCUUUUUAUAUCAGUACAAAUGUGAUCAAACUACUACUUCCAAUGGGUGACAUUUUCUCAGAAGUGGUUCUAUUACUUCAAGAGGAGACUGCCAUGCGUUUGGUAGAACCAUCACUCAGGACUCCUGAGUAUCGGCCCAUCAAUAUAUUUGUUAAUUUCUACUCAGAUCCUGAGUACAAAUUUAAGGUCGAAAGAACAAAUUUUUUCCCUCAGCCUAAUGUUGAUGCAGCCGUUGUCUCAUUCAAACUGAAGCAACCAUCCGAAUAUCCCCAAGUAUCGUCAAGUAAAAGCUUCUUCGCACUGGUUAAUUCAGCAUUUAAUGGGAAGCGCAAGAUGAUACGCAAGACACUACAGCACAUAUGCACAUCCCUUGAGAUAGAAGAAGCUUUAGAAAGCAUAGGUCUUCUAAGUACUUCAAGGCCUGAAGAACUAACAGUGGACGAUUUUGUAAAACUGCAUAACUUAAUUACCAAAGAGUAG